AUGAGCUUCCAUCUGUUUGCAGCUGCGACUGUGACGUGUCUUGUCUACGGUUGUGCUUUGGCACUAUAUCGGCUCUUCCUCCAUCCUCUCUCUAGAUACCCUGGUCCCCGACUCGCUAUCUUGACAGACUGGUAUGUGCUAUAUUAUGCCUGGCGAGGUGACCUACACAAACAAGUACAACAAUGGCAUGCGAGAUACGGGAAGGUCGUCCGCUAUGGGCCUUCAACCCUCAGCUUCAACUCGGCCACGGCGAUGACCGAAAUCUAUGGUGUCCGGGCCAACGUUCGCAAGACAGACGGAUAUACUGCGCUGGGCCUCAGUCGUCACUGCCCGAACAGCUUAGUUGCCAUAGACAAAGGGUUGCACGGCUUCAAGCGACGGAUCAUGGCUCAAGUAUUUUCCGAGCAGAACUUGAAGCAGAUGGAGAAGCGCAUUCUUGACAUUAUCACGGACUUUGUCUCGCUGCUCGGUUCGAAUUCAGAUGCCUCACGGGGAUGGGGUCCGCCCAAGGAUGUCGCGCAGGCGUGCACCUGGAUGACCUUCGACAUCAUCGCCGAUCUCUGCUACGGGGAGGAUUUCAACCUGUUGCAGGUGGAAGACAUGCGAUGGUUUCCCUCUGUAUUCCGCAAAGUCAGCCAACGGGGCAUGAUGAGCCUCAUCCAGCCCCGAUUCAUCCAACUCAAGCUCGACCACGUCCUCCUCGCCUCCCAGUACAAAGACAUCCUCCGUGCGGGCAGCUGGAUCCGCGAACGCGGCGAAGCCCGCGCCAAACUGGGCAACCAGAACGCCGAGAAGGACAUCUUCAGCACGAUGAUGAACGCCACAGACCCCAAAACCGGACGGAACUUCACACAGAAAGACCUCUGGGUUGAAUCCAUGCUUCUGUUGAUAGCAGGCUCCGACACAACCUCCAACGCCUUCAGCGCAACAAUGCACUACCUCCUCCACCAUCCGCGCAGCCUAGCACACCUGACCACGGAAAUCCGGACGACCUUCGCCACCGAGGCCAGUAUCCGCUUCGACGCCGCCUCCCCGACCACCUGCCCGUACCUGCACGCCUGCGUCAACGAAGCGAUGCGCCUCGCGCCAUCCGUGCCCAACGCGCCCCCGCGCGCCGUCCUCCCCGGCGGCAUCUACAUCGAGGGGGACUUCAUCCCCGCCGGCACCGUCGUCGGCGCCCCGAUCUACACCCUCCACCGCAACGCGGCCUACUUCGACCGUCCGGAUGAGUUCCGGCCAGAGCGGUGGUUGGACCCGUCCUACAGCUGCAACAGCUGCAGCAGCUCGCUGGGGGGUUCUAGGUACGAUACCGCGGAGCAGCAACAACAGCAGCAGCAGCAGCAGCAGCAGGGAACAUCCGCCGCAUCUACCACCAAACAAGCCCAGGCCUAUCCGGCCUUCUGUCCCUUCAGCUACGGGGCCCGCUCCUGCGUGGGCUGGCGUCUGGCCUACACGGAGCUCCAUCUCGCCGUCGCGCGGCUGCUCUGGCGGUAUGAUGUCCGGUUAGCGACGGAGGCGGCGGCGCCGGUGGCUUCGACGUCCACUCCUCCUCACGGCAAAGGCAAGACGGAUUCCGCCGAGUAUGAGAUGAUGGGAUGGGUGGUGGCGGCGGUGGAAGGGCCGGUGGCGCAAUUUCGUAGGCGGGAGGAUCUCUUCUGACCGAGUUGGUACGCUGAAGAGAGUGUAUCAUGAGUUUGUUUUAAGGCUGCUUGGGUGUUCGGUUGAUCGAUUCGGAGUUCUCUGUCCUCCCGUUUCCUGAGUUGUCUUGCUGGUUGUAUAGUCGUCGAACGUGGCUGGAGAUGCAAUUGAUCUUUCUUACUCUUAUGAAUGGCUGGAUGUCUGG